GACUUUCUACCAGUUUGAGGCGGCGUGGGAUAGCUCCAUGCACAACUCGCUGCUGCUCAACCGUGUCACCCCAUACCGGGAGAAAAUCUACAUCACCCUUUCCGCCUACAUUGAGAUGAAGACCUGCACUCAGCCCGCCGUCAUCACCAAAGACUUCUGCAUGGUUUUCUACUCCCGGGACGCCAAGCUUCCUGCCUCCCGCUCCAUCCGCAACCUUUUUGGCAGUGGCAGCCCGCGGGCUUCCGAGAGCAACCGCGUGACGGGAGUCUACGAGCUCAGCCUCUGCCGCGUGGCUGACGCUGGCAGCCCAGGAGGUAUGCAGAGACGGCGCCGGCGUGUGCUGGACACCUCAGUAGCUUACGUGCGGGGAGAGGAGAACCUGGCUGGCUGGCGGCCCCGCAGCGACAGCCUCAUCCUUGACCAUCAGUGGGAGCUGGAGAAACUCAGUCUCCUGCAAGAAGUGGAGAAGACAAGGCACUACCUGCUCCUGCGCGAGAAGCUGGAGACGACCCAGCGCUUGGGCCUGGAGACCCUGUCCCCCUGCUCCAGUGAGGACUCCGAGUCCCGAAGCACCUCCUGUGUCUCCUCCCCGCUCUCUGUUGAUGGGGGUCAUGAGGGCCGCACCUCUCCCCCUGAGACCCCCAGCGAGAGGCAGAAGGAGCUGGCCGUGAAGUGCUUGCGCCUGCUCACGCACACCUUCAACAGGGAGUACAGCCACAGCCACGUCUGCAUUAGCGCCAGUGAAAGCAAGCUGUCCGAAAUGUCUGUCACCCUGAUGAGAGACCCCUCCAUGCCAGCUCUUGGGGUCACCACUCUCACCCCCUCCUCGACCUGCCCGUCACUGGUGGAAGGACGUUACAAUGCCAUGGAGGUCAGACCCGCCCAGGUCUCCCCCAGGGCAGAGAGCCCUGACCUGGAGCCUGUGGUAGAAGGAGAGCAGAAGAAGUCUCCAGCCCGCCGGCCUGAGGAGGAGAAGGAGCCCCAGCGUUUGCUGGUGCCCGACAUCCAGGAGAUGCGGGUCAGCCCCAUCGUCUCCAAAAAGGGCUACUUGCACUUUCUGGAGCCCCACACCAACGGGUGGGUGAAGCGCUUCGUGGUGGUCCGACGCCCAUAUGUCUACAUUUACAACUCAGACAAGGAUGCAGUUGAGAGGGCCAUACUGAACCUCUCCAAGGCCCAGGUGGAGUACAGCGAGGACCAGCAGGCCAUGCUCAAG